AAAGAAGCUAAAGAUAUGGCAAGAAGCCUAACCCUUGUCCCGGUAAUAGCUACACCGCCGUCUUCUCUCUUCACCUUCAAUCGUCUCCAUCACUUGCCAUCUCCUUAUUCUCCCUCUGGCGUAUUGAGAGCAACGGCUAAGAGAUUUACUUUUGUAACCAAGUCAAAGUCAGUGACAACCAUGGCUGCUGUUCAAGAAUACCCUGGGAAUCUAAAACGCCAGGUGGAGAAGCUCUUUGAUGCGUCUCUGAGAUCAACAGUUCCUGAUGAAACCGGUGUUGAGACAGAAGUUACUGCCUCGCUUCCUGGAAAGCCUGGAGAUUACCAAUGUAAUAAUGCAAUGGGUCUAUGGUCCAUAAUUAAAGGAAAGGGUACUCAGUUCAAGGGUCCUCCAGCUGUUGGACAGGCCCUUUUGAAGAAUCUACCUGCUUCUGAGAUGGUGGAGUCAUGUUCUGUGGCUGGACCUGGUUUUGUUAAUGUCAUACUAUCAUCCAAGUGGAUGGCUAAGAGUAUUGAAACUAUGCUUAUCGAUGGGAUUGACACAUGGGCGCCUUCUCUUCCAGUUAAGAGAGCCGUUGUUGAUUUUUCAUCUCCCAACAUUGCAAAAGAAAUGCAUGUUGGUCAUCUGAGAUCAACUAUCAUAGGUGACACUCUAGCACGCAUGCUUGAGUACUCCAAGGUUGAAGUUCUACGCAGAAACCACGUUGGUGACUGGGGAACACAGUUUGGGAUGCUCAUUGAGUACCUCUUUGAGAAAUUUCCUGAUACGGAGAGUGUCACUGAGACAGCAAUUGGAGAUCUUCAGUCGUUUUACAAAGAAUCAAAGAGUAAAUUUGAUGCUGAUCCGGAGUUCAAGGAGAAGGCACAAAAGGCUGUGGUCCGUCUACAGGGUGGAGAUGCUAUUUACCGCAAGGCCUGGACUAAGAUUUGUGACAUUAGCCGAGCAGAGUUUGCCAAGGUUUAUCAACGCCUUAGAGUUGAGCUUGAAGAAAAGGGAGAGAGCUUUUACAACCCCUAUAUAGCUAAAGUAAUUGAGGAACUGAACAGCAAGGGUUUGAUUGAAGAAAGUGAGGGUGCUCGUGUGAUUUUCCUUGAAGGCUUCAACAUCCCACUCAUGGUUGUAAAGAGUGACGGUGGUUUUAACUAUGCCUCAACAGAUCUGACUGCUCUCUGGUAUCGGCUUAAUGAAGAGAAAGCUGAGUGGAUUGUAUAUGUGACCGAUGUUGGCCAGCAGCAGCACUUUAGCAUGUUCUUCAAAGCUGCCAGAAAAGCAGGUUGGCUUCCAGAGAGUGAUAAAGCUUACCCUAGAGUUGACCAUGUUGGUUUUGGUCUCGUCAAGGAAGAAGAUGGCAAGCGGUUCAGAACUCGGUCUUCAGAGGUAGUCCGCCUAGUUGAUUUGCUAGAUGAGGCCAAGACACGCAGCAAAACUGCCCUUCUUGAGCGUGGUAAGGACAAAGAAUGGACUCCCGAGGAGCUAGACCAAACAGCUGAGGCAGUUGGAUACGGUGCGGUGAAGUAUGCUGACUUGAAGAACAACAGAUCCACAAGUUAUACUUUCAACUUCGAUCAAAUGCUUAGUGACAAGGGAAAUACAGCAGUUUACCUUCUUUACGCCCAUGCUCGGAUCUGUUCAAUCAUCAGAAAGUCUGGCAAAGUCAUAGACGAGCUGAAGAAGACAGGUAAGCUAGCAUUGGAUCAUCCAGAAGAACGAGCAUUGGGGCUUCACUUGCUUCGAUUUGCUGAGACGGUUGAGGCAGCUUGCGCCAACUUGUUGCCGCACGCGCUGUGCGAAUACCUCUACGAGUUAUCUGAACGCUACACCUCAUUCUAUUCCGUUCAUCAGGUCAUUGGUUCAGCAGAGGAGGCAAGCCGUCUCCUACUUUGUGAAGCAACGGCCAUAGUGAUGCGGAAAUGCUUUCACCUUCUUGGAAUCACUCCUGUUUACAAGAUUUGAAUGCGCUUCCACAUUUUGUUUUUUUCUUUUUCUCAUUGCAAAACGGAUCAGAGGAUUUUAUGAGUUUUACUUUCAAGUAUAUGAAUCAUCAUAUUAAUCA